AUAGGAUAUCACCGAACCGUAGAUUUUAACCUCUUUCAAUCAGGAAACCUACCGAAAUGCCUGGCCCUAUCCGACAGUGGCCCGCGUGGCCCGAGUACACCUUUGAGACUGCAGCGUCGUCCAAAGACCCUGAGUUCUUGAAGGUCAAGAAAGCGAUCAUCGGCGAGUAUGGCGCCGAAGCGCUUCGUCGAAGCUGGAUAAAAGUCUGCAAAGAGCUGGAGAGCAUCACUGACGAGAUUAUCGACAAGGGCAACACCGUUAUUCCCGUCUUUGACACUGUCCGGGUCCUAGAAAAUGGCUUCUCAGCAGAACAGCAGGCCGAGAUCAAGAAAAUCGGCUCGUUUGUUUGCCGGAACACUAUUCCUAAAGAUGAAGCAACCAGCCUCUACUCAGACCUCAGACAGUAUGUCGCGGAUAACAAAGGCUCUAUUCAAGCAUGGCCGAAGGAAAGUCCGUCGAUGCUGGUCUUGUAUAACUCACCGACACAAAACAUACUUCGUUCUCAUCCAAAUCACCUCAAGCUACAGCGCAGGUUGAACGAGCUUUGGAAGUACUCUACUGAGGAUACCUCCCCGGAGCCUCUAGUUUAUCUUGAUGGUAUUCGAGACCGUGCGCCCGGUCAACCAUUCCUUGGGCUAGGCCCUCAUAUUGAUGCUGGAAGUUUGUGUCGCUGGGCUGAUCCGACCUACCGGAAGGUCUACGAGAAUAUAUUCUCUGGUUCACCCGAAGAUCAUGAUGCAUAUGACCUUGAUAUGCGAAAGAAUGCGGACCAGGAGCUUUAUAAGGGCCCUGCUCACUCUACGGUGCUCCGAACAUUCCAAGGCUGGACUGCGUUGACACCUACUGCACCAAGAGAGGGAACUAUCAUGGUUUAUCCCAAUGUCAAAACUGUGAUCGCGUAUCUCCUACUACGACCUUUCUUCAGUCCACCAAAGAGCCCUGAUGAUAUCAUGGACGCUGAGAAGUGGUCCUUUGACGACUCCACCAGUUGGUUCCCAGGGACAAUGAAGCCGGAGAGUCAGCGCCUGAGUCGAUCAUCUCACCCUCAUCUCAGACUGGAAGAAUGUCUCAUUCAUAUUCCAGAGGUACAACCAGGCGACACAGUCUGGUGGCACUGCGAUGUUUGCCAUGCGGUUGAUACAGAGCACCUUGGGAAAGACAACGCGUCCGUGGCUUUUAUAGCUGCAUGCCCGACAACACCUGCGAACAAGACCUAUGUCAGAGAGCAGUUGAGGGCUACUCUGGAAGGACGACCUUCUGCCGAUUACGCUCAAGGGAAUGAUCUGGACGAGAGGACACUCAACGGAUAUGUGGGCCUGGAUGGUCUAGGUAGUGAAGCACGCAGGGCUUUUGGAUUCCACAUACUGUAAAUCUUCGGUCAUCCCCCUAGGGGAGGCAAGAAACUUAGGACCUCUGUCCUAAGUGAUGAAAAGACUUAGGUAAGUGUAGUAGUAUAUCUUAGUAGGCCUUUAGACCAGUUAAUUUUGAC